AUGCCUCGCGCACUGAAUCGCCGCAACCGCAGUGUACACUUAGCGGUCAUACUUAUCCUGGCGGCCAUCGUCUAUGGUUUCUUGGUCUACCACCCCGAGUCUGACAGAGAUGCCGAGAACUUCAGCACCCAGGACCUUCAGAUCAAGCAUCACUUGACAACACCUACGCCGAUUGUCCAGUCUAUCGAGUCGCUGCAGCCAUCCCACAAAGCCAUUCGUACCAAGCACGCGCAUGAACUGCAGCCGAUCGAGACGCCAUCCCCUGUCGUGUCCGUCCCAGACCAGAAGUACUCGAACCAGACCGUCGUGCCUUCCUCCGACAGAACCUGUGCGCGACCCUACAGAGUCAAACAAGGUGACAGUAUCAGCUUCAUCACCCACACUCAAAACGUCGCCACCGUGGAUCUCCUCGCCGAGAAUGGACUGCGCUUCCCGUUCGAGAGCACACUGGCUCCAGGGAGCAUCAUCUGUUUGCCCAACACCUGUCACAUUGUGCACAUUGUAGGUGCCGACAAGUGUUACCUAUUCGCUCCUACAGGCAUCGUGCAGCCCGAGAUACUUGCCUGGAAUCCUCAUGCUGCCAAGGGGCUCGAGUCUGGACCUCUUUGCUUUGACCUUGGACCGAGCGGAGAGGUGGCUUUCUGUAUGUCUAAGCCAGGCAAGGUUGAAUGA